AUGACACCCUCGCCAGCACCCCGAGUCCUCGGCAUUGUCCUCUCGACGGCCGCCCCACUCGACACGAGCCUCGUUGCGUCGGUCGUUAGGACGGGGAGGGUGAUCGACGGCAACGUCGACAUCUACCCCGUCGUGAGGUAUGUGGUAGACUGCCCAGCCGAGAACCCGCCUGAGAACGACGCGUGCCGCGCGCUGAGCAUCUACCCAGCUGAUGCCCAUCACAUCCAGGGCUCCGUGUACGGCGGCGCCAUAACCACGCGCGGCCUCGGUCAGACGAUGACGUGGAUGUGCGCGCUCGGCGACUGCCGCGACUGCGCCGCCCGGGGCGCGAAGAUGGCCUCCUGCGCGAUCGAUGGCGUCGACGCCGAGUCUGUGUCGGUCACGAGGAACCUGCUGGUCCAGAGCUGCGACCAGGCCCGGCUCAGCGUCCCGCUCGUCGUCACCGCCGGCGUCGAGAAGCUCGACCCGAACGCUUUCAAGGCCACCCUGGGCGUGUCGGACUACCUCUCCGCCUGGCAGGACGACUUGGCUUCGAUGGAUUGCGCUCCCGCGCCCGCGCUCUCCGACUACGCGGCCCAGUUCCAGACUACCACCGCGCCCGCUGCCGACGCGACUAGCACGGGCGCCCCCGCAACGGGCUCUACCCCCUCCACCGACCGGCCGGCGUCAACCACCGAGCCAGGCAACGAUGCUGCGAAGCCUGAGGGCGGUGUUAGUUAUAGUCCCGUGCCGGUUUCCGAUAGCAUAGGUUAGGUAUCGGGUAGAAUUAAUAGAGUGGACGCGUCGAUUGCGGGAUGCGGGCUCAUCGAGGCAUACUUGGUAUUUGCUUAGAGCUGGCCAGCUCCCUCUUCCCCCUUAAUGCGAUCUCAUGUUAUUUAACAGGCAAAAGUAUAAUGAUAAUAUGAGAACAAAAGAAGAAACACGCUGAAAGCCGGAGGGGUUUUUUUUUCUGGCUACAUUCUACUCCACAGUGUUGUCAUUCUCGACUCCCCGCCUCCCCUUUCUAAUACGACUUUGCCCACACAUUAGACCUGCCCUUCCCGUCGGAAGCCUAACAACGAAUCCCGCUCAUCGUGUUCUAUUGAUCCAAAUUUUCUCUACCUAGCCGCCUUCAACCAGACAGUAAGACUAUUCGGGUUCAUACAUAGGUUCCCGCGUCUUGUUGGGCACUAUUUUGGUUGACCAUCAG